CGGUUUGACUUUAGUUGCGAUCGGACUGCGUGCCGUUACAGUUAGAAAAUCGGAGGAAAAUCGAUCGAUCGGGCGUAUUCGCUUAACAAUUUCACUUAAUAAUAAUUAGAAAUACUGUGAAAACACAUUCGGAACGAAGGAAAGAGUGAGACAGAGUCAAGUGUGCAGCAAUUUCUGGUUCUGUUUUAGUGCCUAAGUGCCAUAUAAAUACGUACUAAAAUAUUUCAAGAAUUUUAAGUGGAAACAUUCACGAAUUCUAUGAACUUUCUCAAUUGUGUUUUGGUGAAACAUUUACAUUUCAACCGAAGGCGAGUGAAAAUUUAACGCAGAGACACUUUGGACAUUGGGGCUAUUUGGCAAGAAGCUUUUUGUUUUGGAGCAACGCACAUUGUGAGGUGUUGCAGUCACAUCAAACACGAUCCGAGGAAUCCUCCCCGCCCAUCAGACGAAUGAUCUAUGGAAACUGCGAUCAUCCACGCCCACGAUCGGAGCUCCUUUGGUGACAAGAUGGCUGCCAUAAAUCCAUCAACUCACUGAGUAAAUCACAUACGACCGCCCCCAAUUUUUGGGGAAAGUAUUUCCGUUACACCAACAAGAUAGGUGAUCAUCAAGAGGAUCAUCAUCUCAGCAUCAUCUUCAUCGGCAUCCGAUUGCAAUCGUAAGCGGAGUGGAGGAUCACUUCAAAGGCACACAUGUUGCACACUAAAGAGGCCACUGUUGUUGUUUCCAUUAUAAAUUAGAAACUAGAAGAUCACCGAUCUUCUUCCGGCGCGAGUGAAAAAGGGAGAGCAGUCCAUAUAGAGCGGAGCACUCUAAAGUGGAUUUCCGGUGAAUAAAAAACCACACAGCACAUGCGACAAACUCCGACAAGGGAGUUGCUGUUGCAGUUGCAGUUGCAGUUGCCAUUGUGGCACUUUUGAGGGUGCCUGCCCCUCAGGCAAGAGUUACAAAAAUAAAUAUCCUAAAAAUGGCUGCUGCCUGGAGUUGGCGAGCCAGUCACUCAACGAUCACAAUGAAGACCGGAUCGCUGGCGAUAUUUGUGCUGCUGCUGCUGGUGUUUCAAGUUGAAGGACGCCGCCAAAUGGCCAACAGUCAGGAGAUGCUGAAGGAUAACUUGGGAGGCAGACAAAACAAAACCUCUGCUACUUUUAGUAAUACCAAUCAAACAGCAACGGAUUUGGACGAUGGCGCUGCGGAUGAUGAUGAUAAUAAACCUGAUCUUCCCGAGACUGUCAGUGCAAAGCCCAGUUGGCGGCAUCCCAAGAAGAUGAGUUUUCUGCAGACGCGACCCUCGGGCUCCCUGCUCACUUUGAAUUGCCAUGCCUUGGGAAAUCCCGAACCAAAUAUCACUUGGUAUCGCAAUGGAUCCGUUGAGUGGACCCGCGGCUAUGGCACUCUUAAGAGGAAUCGCUGGGCCCUAACCAUGGAGGAUCUGGUACCUGGUGACUGUGGCAACUAUACGUGCAAGGUGUGCAAUACCCUAGGUUGCAUUCGGCAUGACACCCAGGUGAUCGUAAGUGAUCGAGUUAAUCAUAAGCCCAUCCUGAUGACCGGACCCUUGAACCUAACACUCGUAAUCAAUGGCAGUGGAAGCAUGUACUGCAAGUAUCUCUCGGAUUUGACCAGCAAGAAGGCCUGGAUCUUUGUGCCCUGCCAGGGGAUGAACAACUGCUCCAACAACCGCUCGAUCAUAGCCCAGGAUCAGGAUCAGCUGGACUUUGUGAAUGUGACGAUGGACAAGGAGGGCUGGUACACCUGCAUCGAGAGCAAUAGUUUGGGUCAAUCAAAUAGCACAGCCUAUCUGCGAGUGGUGCGAAGUCUUCAUCUUUUGGAGGCCGGUGUGGCCGGUGGAAUGGAGCGGACCAACCUGAUGUACUUUAUUGUCUUUGGCGGAUUACUUUUCAUCUUCAUGUGCACUACGUUUGUCUUUUAUGCCGUGCGAAAAAUGAAGCAUGAAAAGCUGCUGAAACAGCGUAUAGAAACCGUGCACCAGUGGACCAAAAAAGUUAUAAUCUUCAAGCCCGAAGGAGGCGGCGAUUCCAGUGGUUCCAUGGACACCAUGAUCAUGCCGGUGGUGAGGAUACAAAAGCAGCGCACCACCGUCCUUCAAAGUGGCAAUGAGCCGGCUCCCUUUAAUGAGUACGAAUUCCCACUGGAUUCGAAUUGGGAGCUGCCAAGAAAUCAUCUUGUGUUGGGGGCUACUUUGGGAGAAGGUGCUUUUGGUCGAGUAGUAAUGGCCGAGGUUAACAAUGCCAUUGUGGCUGUGAAAAUGGUGAAGGAAGGCCACACGGAUGACGACAUAGCCAGUUUGGUGCGGGAAAUGGAAGUUAUGAAGAUCAUUGGACGUCACAUCAAUAUUAUUAACCUAUUGGGCUGCUGCAGUCAAAGUGGACCACUCUAUGUAAUCGUUGAAUUUGCACCACACGGCAAUCUGAAGGACUUUCUCUACAAAAAUCGACCCUUUGGCAGAGAUCAGGAUAGGGAUAGUUCACAGCCGCCUCCAUCGCCACCAGCUCAUAUGAUAACGGAAAAGGAUCUGAUCAAGUUUGCCCACCAAAUCGCUCGGGGAAUGGACUAUCUGGCCUCACGACGUUGCAUCCAUAGAGAUUUGGCCGCCAGGAAUGUGCUCGUCAGCGAUGACUAUGUGUUGAAGAUAGCUGAUUUCGGUUUGGCAAGGGAUAUCCAGAGCACGGACUACUACAGAAAAAACACGAAUGGCAGGCUACCCAUUAAAUGGAUGGCACCGGAAUCGUUGCAGGAGAAAUUCUACGACUCGAAGAGCGAUGUCUGGUCGUAUGGCAUUCUGCUGUGGGAGAUCAUGACAUAUGGACAGCAACCAUAUCCCACGAUCAUGUCCGCGGAGGAGCUCUACAGUUAUCUGAUGUCCGGGCAGCGGAUGGAGAAGCCGGCAAAGUGCUCCAUGAACAUCUACAUACUCAUGCGCCAAUGUUGGCACUUUAACGCAGACGAUCGGCCGCCUUUCACGGAGAUCGUGGAGUAUAUGGACAAGCUGCUGCAGGCGAAAGAGGAUUAUCUGGAUGUGGAUAUUGCCAAUCUCGAUACACCGCCCUCGACAAGCGAUGAGGAGGAGGAUGAAACGGAUAACCUGCAAAAGUGGUGUAAUUACUAAACUAACUAGGGUAAUUUUCCAAAUCUUUCGAAUCGAUCCUGCGAAAAAAUCAAAGAAUUUCAAUAUAGCCAUUAAUCCGCAGUUUAAACACAUCUAAAUUGUUAUUCAGAAAUUAUUAUUUUUUGAUCCUAGAAAAAUCUUUGAAAGAUCUAUGGUUUAUAUUAAAGAAAAUUAAAGUCCUAGGAAUGGCCAAAUGUUACCAAAACUUUUUAAAAACUAUCUACCCUCGAAUUUAUGUAUAUAUAUCUGAUUUAAGUCUGUAUAUCUUUAAAGAAAAAUUAUCCCAAAAUUGCACCAAAGGCGUGAAACCAAAAACUAGCUGCUACUUUAGAGUUUAUUUAAAAUAUAUUAUAGUAUAGUAUAUUAGAACCUAGUAUGCCUAAUCAUAAGUUUGGACUAAGACUCGGUUGUAUUUCUGUUGUAUUUCUUAUUGUACUGAUCUUUGUAGUAUUCGCAGUUUUAUACUCGCUAAAUUAUACUCGUAGCCCAUAAGCACAACAAUGUUUUAUGUUAGAGUUAGUUGCAUGCCCGCAGUGCCUUAUGAAACAAUAAAUGUUGUACCUACAUAUCCGAAAAAAAA